CAGACCUUGGCCGUACAAUGUCAUCGAUUCAGAUGCUAUUUGUAAAUGGAUUCGCUAAGGAGCCAAUAAAUGGUGCUUAUGCCGAGCUAUUUGCUGGACUCAGUCCAGAAAUUACGAGUUUGAAUAACGGAGGAUGGAGUAUUGAUCAUCUGGAGGGCUAUUAUCGGAUCUGGUCUAUCAAAGAAGCUACUCGAUGGAGCUCCCAUGGCAUCUGCACAUCUCUAGACGAUACUCGCUCCUGGAUGGCUGCUCUCCUCGUCGAAAAUAAUCCAGAUGCAGAAGUCUACGCAAUUUUCCUCAAACCAGAUGAAUUAGCAACAGACGAUCAAGAUAAAAAUUUAAUUGGCGUCAUUGGUACACAUAAAACCGACCCGAUUCCUGAACUAAGUUACAUCUUUCAUCCCUCGGCGUGGGGCAAGGGCUACGCUACAGAAGCGUUGAAGGAGUAUUCCGGGAAUUAUUUCACACUCAAAUCGAAAUUCGAUCAGCUAACUGCAUGGGUGGAUACUGAAAAUCUACCCUCGAUUAAAGUGUUGCGCAAGUGUGGGUUUGUGGAGGAGAAGACGGAAAAGGGGGAUUAUGUGAUUCCGUGGAUGGAACCGCAGAAGCGAGAUUCGAUUCUGUUUGUGAUGAAGAAUGAAUAAAUGAGAUGUAUAUUAUAUCGCUAGUGGAAAUAAAUCACAAGCUAAUUUAUGU